GGGGAGUCCUCACAAUCACGACCUGCUACGAACUUCGAUCUCGCUUGUAUAGUCGGAAUAGCGCACCUCUUUUAUCUUGUAACGCACCACAUAAUCCAUCCAUCAUGACCACCAUCAAACCACUCGAGAGCCCGUCGCUCGACGUCCAGACGGGCACGCCCGCGCAGCAGUGGGCGAACGAGACUACUCGCGCGGCUGAGCUGUCCGCAGCCGGCACUUCUUCCUUCACCGCCCCCGCCGUCCCCGAACCGCCCGCGCACGUACCUGGAACGUCCUCUUUUACCCAGCCCACACCCACCGCCGUCACCCCCGGCACGCCAGGCCCCGACUUCCCCGGCGCGUAUCCGGCCACGCAGGACCGGCGCGAGGGCCUGAACGACCCGAACCAGGUAGUGGAGAAGGCGAAGGAGUACGUACCGAGCCAGGAGGAGGUGAGCGGGACGCUGAAGAGCGCGACGGAGACGGCGAGCAGCACCCUCCAGAGUGCGACCGAGUCCGCGAGCACGACUCUACAGAGCGUCGCUGAGACGGCGAAGCAGUACCUACCUGCAUCCGUUGCCUCUUACAUCCCUGGUAACAACAACACCAGAACGACUGCUGGCCCUUACGAUGACUUCCACGAGACCUCGCUCCCGUCGACUGAAAUCACAGGGGCGCGGCCGAGCGAGCACUCUGGCGGCGUCGGCGCGCUUCCGGGGACGAUCAACGAGACCGGCGUCGCCAAAGUGCUCGACGAGCGCGAGGAGGGGGAGAAGGGUAGUACGCUGGAGGGGCUAGCAGCAGGCGCGACACAGAGCGCACGAGCAACGACGAACAACGCGAAGGAGACGACAGGGAGCGCCGUCCGUACUGCGCAGGAAACCGCAAGCAAUCUCACCUCGCGUGCGCAGGAGACAGCAGGCGCGGCGGCUGCCGUGGUCGCGGGCACCGCCGCAGAGGCAGCAUACAAGGCGAAGGAGACUGCAGGGAAUGUAGUCGGGAGCGCGCAGGAGACCGCUACGACCGCUACCGCAUCCACGCAGCCGUCAAAGUCCAUCUUCAAUUCGUCGCUGGAGACGGGUACGUCGCUGCCGUCGAGCGAGACCAAUGGGCUAAGGCCGGGCGAGAACUCGAGCGGCGUGGGCUCCCUGCCGGGCCCAGUGGGGGAGGCAGGCGUCGCGCAGGUGCCGUAUGAGCGUGCUGUAGAGGGGGUGUCGAUGCCGACGAGCGAGAAGGCGGGGGCGAGAGCAGGGGAGCGCGUUGGUGGUGUGGGCGCGUUGCCUGGAGGUGCUGAUGAAACCGGUGUUGCCGAUGUGCCGGCUGGAGACGUGAAGUCGGGUAAGGAGAUGGGUUAUGGCGCUGCGGCUGGUGGCGUCGCUGCUGGAGGCGUUGCAGCUGUUGCGACGCACGAUGCGUUCGAGCGCAAGCAGAGCGUGCCCAGAGCGAAGCCGGAGGAUAUGGUUGGUGGAGGGAAGGCAGAUGGGGUGAACAGGUUGGAGACGGAUCCACUGGUGAAGGGUGAUGGUAUCAAGGUCCCUCAGGAUGCAGGCACUAAGGGUGAAGGAAUGACGAAAGACGCGCGGGAUGCGUUGAGGGGCCAGGAGAAGGAGGCCGAGAAGAAGUUUCCCGCACCCGUCGGUCUGAACACCACGGGUCGCGUUCACGGGCUCGGACGAGAUGGAGCUCGGUUGGAUGAUAAGGACAUCGGGCGCGGGGGGGUCGACCGGGUCGAGAGCGCAUAUGAACACGGUACUAACGUGAGUUCCACCACCUUUCAGGUACCGAGCGCACCCCAACAGUCCGACCGGACGAAGGCCGACGGCGACGAGCCGAACUACCACCCCGCGGCGCUGCACCCGAUCCCCUCCCCGUCGGAGACGGCCAGUACGAAGGCGGAGGGUAGAGACGAGCAUAGCGGGCGGGACAAGGAGGAGAAGCAUAAGCCUAGCUUGAUGGAGAAGGUGCGCGGGGAGGCGAAGGUGCUUAGCGGGAAGAUUAUGAGAAAGCAUGAGAAGGUGGAGGAGGGGGAGGCGUUGAAGAAGGGGGAGAGCCGGGGUGGAAUUGGCUCCGCGGCGGGGACUGCUGUGCAUGCUGACGGGAAGACAUAA